AUGACAUCUUCAACCUACAAGGGCAACCUCACUGUUGGAGGGUCUGCACUCGACAAGUCGAAGCUCCAGCUUCGCAGACCUACACCUGACAGCGAUGCUCUGGCGUCCAGCGAUGACGAUCGCGAGCACGUGCCCGUAGUCGUUCGUCCUGCUGGCGGCUACCCUGGUGGUCGCAGGCCCUCAUCUGGUUGGCUACAAGACAUUCAGCCCAAUCGCAAGUUCUCCCUGCCGUCAGUCUCGUUUGCCGGCUCACAGCCCACCACUCCGUCACUAGAGCUGCCAAGUCAGUCUCGCCCUGGUACCUCUGCGUUUCCCUGGAACACCUCCAGCUUCAGUAACACCCAAGCCAAUAGUCGUCUCAAGGAAGUUGUCCCAUCGCCUACGUCCGCCCACUUUCCCAGUGAGAGGUCCUUGCCCUCACCAGCGGCGCCAGAAGGUGAAGAGGGCAUCGGCUUUCUUCUCAGUCAGCAGAACCCCAUCCGCAAGGCAGUACGCUCUCAAUCAUACAGCAUCGGGCAGGGUGAUAUCGAGAACAGUCCCGUUGGUCAGUUUUCCGCGCGCGUGCGCACAACAGCAGGCGUGCGUCACCGUCCUUCCAAGCCCAGUCUGCUUGGUGACCCUGGUGUUGGCCUCUCGCAACUACGCGAAGACGACAUCGACGAGGUCGACUCGACUAACAGCUCUGACCACGGCGUUCGCCUCCCCCAAGGCUACUGGGAACGCGAACAAAAGCAAGCUCUACUCAAACAGGCAGCCAUGGAGAGUGCACGUGCACGCAAUCGCGCCACGUCCACAAGCUCUCCUGUUCAUCAGCACCCGCCACCACCACAGCGUCGCAAGACGACCGCCGGACUUCGUGGUAUGUCCUAUGGUAGUACCGCCGACUACGCGAUUGAAGAGCACGAAGACCACGAGGUCGCUCCACACACCUUGCCUCCGUCUUCGUUAACCCGUCGCUUCAGUGAGCACGUUUCCAUUCUGAGUCGCGAGCCUGAGCAAGAGAUCAUGGACAGCCCAAAGAAGCAGCAGUGGGCGACCGGCAAUAUUCACAACCUCAACAUGGAAGCGAUGGGACGUCGGCACUCUUUCGCUCACUAUGGUGGCUUCAAUCAGAGCAUGCCUCUUUCUACUACACUGAGCAACACCCAAGAAGAAGAUGAGAGCCUGAUGUCCCCUCGACAAGCAUCUCACUCACCUGAAGAAGCAGAGCAAUUCGAUGCUGCUGCAUAUUUCGCAGGCUAUGGCCCCGCAUCUCGCGCUAUCAACGCCUCAGCAAUCUCGGCUGCUCACCCGGACCCCAUUGUCCCCAAUACGGCCAUGAAUACAACCAACCCUUACGCCGUUCCGCCUGUGCUUGGUCGCCCAGGUCGUCGUCUGUUUGUUGUCACAUUCAAGUGCUCCAGAGCUGACAUCUACUACCUCUACGACAAUACCGGUCUUGAAAUUCGUCGUGGUGACUUGGUAAUGGUUGAGGGCGACCGUGGUUGCGACCUUGGCCAGGUGGCUCAUGCGGAUGUGAGCCUUGAAGAUGCGAAGAAGUACAAAGCUGAGGCUAACGAGGAGCACUUCCGCUGGCUGGUCAUGUUCUCCCAGUACUCUCUCGCAGGAACUCAGAACGACUCCGGCAUGCUCGGUGCUCUUGCGCGCGCAAACGGCCUGUCCAACAACCCAAAUCAGCCUCAACUGAGUGGCAUGAUUGGCAACCAAGACCAAGAUGCCAAACCCAAGAUGAUCAAGCGCCUUGCUCAACAGCACGAGAUCUUUGCUUUACGCGACAAAGAGGGCUCAGAAGCUAAAGCAAAGCGCCUGGGCGCGCAGAAGGCCGCUGACCACAAGCUGCCUAUGGAGGUCCUCGAUGCCGAAUACCAAGCCGAUUACCACAAGCUUACCUACUUCUACUACGCGGAGUCGUACGUGAACUUCAACGACCUCGUGACCGACCUCUUCAAGCAGUACAAGGUUCGCAUCUGGAUGUCAGCUGUCAAUCCUGCAUCGGUUGUCAACCCGGCAGGUCUGAUGCAGAUUCCACCACCCUCGGCCAUCGGACCUGGUGCCAUUAUCACUCCGGGCAACGACAACUCUUCACUGCCCGUAGGACCUGGUUUCGGCGGCAACAACAGUCAGCGCUCUAACGAGCAUUAUGGCCGCGGUCGCAACAAUGCCCCUCAAGUCAACUACGAUGAAGGACACUACGCAUUCUCUCACCAGCUUCCGGCCUACGCUCCUCAAGCCGCUUACGGCAUGCCUCCUUGGGCGCAAGGUCAGCAGUACCAACAGCAGAUGUACGGCGGUUACGGUGCCUUUGCUGGUGCUUAUCCAAAUGUGACUGCUAGCGGCAGCCCCAUGAACUACGGCGCCUACUACCCACCAGGCUCAAACUAUGGUGCAGCAUCGGCCUAUAACCGCGCUUACCCGGCCGCCAACUCCUAUACGCCCACUGGUAGUGCCAGCUAUGGCCAACAAACCACUUCGGGUGCUAGCAACGGCAAGGCUGCCGCCUCGAACAACAGCAACAACCAGUCCUUCCUGGCUGGUAUGCAGAACAUGUCCCUUGCCAGCAAGUAG